AGUUGAAGGGGGGAAAAGGUCCACAGAGGAGCCGGGCAUGUUUGAACAUAUCCAGGCAGACCAGCCUACCGAGCUCCACGGUGCGCCGUCAUUGCGCAUGGGUUGGAUUUAUUUACUGACGGUCUCAGAGUUUUUGUGUGGGCUGUUAUUACUAAUGCCAUAGCCCAAACCGAUUAUGUUUUCUUCCUGAGGGACAUACUGCACAACAUGAGAUGUGUAUUUAACUGAUUCAUCUUGAGACUCACCGCUGCUUAAGACUUUCUGAGUUUUGCCUCUGUCUGAAGAUUGUGGCACAGCGUGGCCAUAUGUCUCUCCCGGCCAAAGUGAUGAGAGACGGGCUGCUGGAGAAGCGCAGCAGCGGGCUCCUCCAGCUGUGGAAGAAGAAGCGCUGCGUGCUCACCGAGGAAGGGCUGCGCCUACACAACUGCAAGGGCGGUGGCGACGGGGAUGCUCCGGGCGGCUCGGCGUGGAGCUCCAAAGCCAAGGAGCUCCGCUUCGAGCGCAUGGUCACGGUGGAUUGCGUGGAGUACAAGCGGGGGCUCGUGUACUUUACCGUGGUCAUGGCCACGGGGAAGGAAAUUGACUUUAGGUGUCCGCAGGACGGCGCGGCGUGGAACGCGGAGAUCGCUUUGGCACUGGUGCGCUACAAGAACCUGCAGGCCGUGCAGACCGGGAGGAACCGACACCUGUCCUCAGCGCACCUGGGCAGCACUGGAGAGGAUGAAGAGCUCUGAGCCUUUCUUAGGAGUGAACCAAUCAGAGUGGAGAAGGGCAGGAGACACCAGAACCAUUGGCUUGAUUCUGUGGCGCACAGCUGGGAUGUACAAAACGGCUCUCAAUGAAUAUGGAUUAAAGGACUGAGAACAAGUGUUGCAGACGCUCUUCCUGUAUUCCUAUGAGUGUAUUCACACUGUCAUACAAAGCAUAGGAAUCUGAAUCCUGUUGGAACAGUUUUUUCUGUCAUGACCUCAGUGUUUGAGGUCAACGUGGAGGUCGCUGCAUAAGGAAAAGAUUGUGUUAUCUGGACAGAAACUGUGGAGCCGGGACACUGUUUACACCUGUGCCUUGACGUUUCCAAAAUGUCUUCUAUUUAGGGCAUAUUUUUCCCAGCAAUUUCCAGCGUUGCUGAAACAGGAGUCACUUUGUUCCUUCAGUCUUACUUUUGAUGGACACGCCAUUUGACUGGCUGUGAAAAUCUUUGUUACAGACUGAACAGAUGUGCAUGUUUUUCUAAAGCUGAACAUGAAGAAUAAGCAUUUUGCUCAUAUUCAUUGCACAUUGUAUUCUAUAUAUUUGCUGAAACCAUGUACAGUAUUACACGCUUAAAAAAGAUAAUAAAUUUUUUCAGCAAUCCCAAUGUGCUGAUAUAUUUCA